UCUCCUCCUAUAACUUUUAAAGGAAACACGAAAAAAAAACCAAAGAAGUUUACAAAGAAAAAAAAUCAAAUGUGACAAAAGAGAAAUAAAAAGGAGGAGGAAACAUAAACAUGGAGAUUACUCAUCAUUGUUUGGUUUCUCUUCUCUCAAUCUUCCUUUUGUCUGGAUUUGCCUUGUCUCUCCACAUCUCUCUUGAUGAACUUGAGUCCCACCAAGCUACAAGCCGAGCCCUUCUUCAGGCAAAGGCAACAUGCAAAGAAGAUUUUGCGACCAAGAAUUACACAGUCAUAACGAGUAAAUGCAAAGGACCAAAUUAUCCGGCCAAGGUAUGCUGCUCGGCCUUCAAGGACUUUGCUUGCCCAUUCGCGGAAGCUCUUAACGAUGAGAAGACAGAUUGCGCCUCCACAAUGUUCAGCUACAUCAAUCUCUACGGUCGUUAUCCUCCUGGAAUAUUCGCUAACAUGUGCAAAGAAGGCAAAGAAGGCCUCGACUGCACCGACGUCAAGCCCACUGCAUCAUCUUCCCAUGCAUUGAUCCCUCUUGUUCCGAGACUUGCAUUGCUAAUCACUAUUUUUAUCUUGUUUUGCCUCUUCUAAAGACAAUCUUAUGUAUAUGUCAAGAGUUUGACAAAAAAAAAAAAGUAUAUGUCACAAGAUAUAAGUUAUAUAAUAUUACAUUCCAUUGUUAGUCGUUGUGUGAGCAGAGCACAUAUGUUAUGGUUUCGAAUCUUGGCCGAAUAAAUUAUAUGGUCCCAAAGCCUAAAACUCUUUGGUUGCGCCAAGUAAAUAAAACCAUUUGUUACAAACACAUGAUAAAACUAGCAUUCAAUAACAUGUUUUUGUGGAUCAAGAACAUGUGUGUUUGAACAUAAAUGGGCUGAGUUAAUAAUAAUCUCCAAGGCCUUAUAAAGGUCAGUGGAAUACAAUUUAGCAAGAAAAAUUAAUUAAAUAGAAACAUAAAUCAUGCCUCUUGUCAUGGUGGGUAACACUUUAAUUUAAUCCAAAGCACCGAAACACUAAUAAAUCAGUAAUAGUUUUGUUGUUGAUCAAUUGGGCAAACAAUUCCAAAUGAGAGCAA